AUGGCAACUAAACUAGAAUCAAAAAAUGCUAACGAUUCAUCUGCGGAAGAACAUAACUCAUUAACGACUCUAAACAACAGGGCUUCCUUGACACAAGGUAUUGACGUGCCAUCACCCGUAGAUGAUGAUGAUACGAUAUUGGUACCUGGGACCGUCGAGUCGGCAAAGCUUGAACAGGGACUCCUGCUGAGCGAAGAUUGGGAGGUGUAUACCGAGUCUGUAAUAGGAUCACAAUUCCACGUCACCACCACCGCGGACUCAAGCCUCAUGUCUUAUUUAUACGACUUUUUCAACACUACAGUGUACGACCACCCAGGGAAUCUUACCGGUAACAUUGCGGAGGUCCUUACGAAUCAGAUUCGGAGCAAUAAUCCCGGAGACAAUGUAAAUGCUACAGUACUUAACGGACGAGCUUGGACAGACAAAACAUAUAUACGUGCACGCUGUCAAUGGCUUAUUCUCCCCUCAUCCGAAACUAUCCUGACUAGGGUUCUUCUCGUAGUUUCAAUCUGUAUAACGAAGGGUCAAGGUCUCUGGAAGAGCUCUACCGCUGCGCUUUUGCUGCAUAAGCUCGGCGGCUGGACUGAAGAGGAGUUGAGUUUAACGUGGGAACAGACGUCUGAACAGUUAGAUGCUAAGACGGAGAGGAUGGUAGCUACACUGAAGAGGGAUGAAGAUGGUGCACACGGAUUCUAUAAGGCACCUUAG